CCAGAAGGCUGCGAGCGCAGGCCCCCAGUCGCCCGCGCGUGCGUGUGAGAGAGGGUGGGGGGGAGAUGGAGGAUGGCCGCUGCAGCUUCUUCCUCACCAAGAAGAAGCGUUUCUGUGCCAACUCUACCCUGAAGGGCUCCCAAUUUUGUGGAAAUCACAACCCUAAGACCGAAGAUCGCCGUGUCCCUUGCCCGAUUGAUCCUUCUCACUUCAUCCUGCUAGAGAAUCUAGAAGCCCAUACGAGAAAAUGUCCAUUAUACAAGCAAGUCUUAGCUUUGAAAAGUCAGUCAUUUUACACGAAGGGUAUUAAUGCUGGAGUCGAGGACGAGGAUGGAGAUGCAACUCUUUCUGACCCAGUUCCAUGCACAUUUAAUGCCAGCGAGAGCAUCUCUUCUGAAUAUAACAUUCUAUUGGAAGAUAGUGAAGGCAAUGAGCUGUCAGUUAUAUCUUCUGGAGAUUUGAUUAUCACGUCAGACAUGAAGCGACAUGCAAUAUAUAAAAUGUCCAUAGCUGACUUUUUGGCACUCCUGAGUAAAAUAAAAUCAAUACACCAGGCUAUCUUUCUAAAUAUUGAGGUCUCAAGUGUGAUGCCUGAAGCUUGUAGUAGAUGGUUGAAGAAAGAGUUGAAACAAGCAUUGCCUUUCCAAGAAAAGCAUGUUUUGCAGCAGGCAUCUAUUCUAGGGAACAUGGAAAAGUUUGGGUUAUUGCAAAUGCCAGCGGGACCAGAAAUAUUAGAACCAGGCCACAAUGAUUCAUCUGAAAGCCAUUCAACCACUCCUGCAGUUGUUGAGUUUGGAGCAGGAAGAGGAUAUUUGACUCAUAUGCUUACAAGUUGCUACAACAUCAAGAAAGUUUUCUUAGUUGAGAGGAGAUCUUAUAAAUUGAAGGCUGAUCGAAGUUUACGACAAGAACAAGAUGUGAUUCUAGAACGCUUAAGGAUUGACAUUGAGGAUUUGAAUUUGGAAGCUGUUGAGUCUUUGAGCUGUGUUCCAUACUUAGCAGUAGGGAAGCAUCUCUGUGGACCUGCUACAGAUUUGACGCUUAGAUGUUGCCUUCGUGAACAAUAUCAUAACAAUAAAGCCGUCCAGUCUCUGUCAAAGUGCAAUCUGAGAGGCCUUGCCCUUGCAACUUGCUGCCAUCACCUCUGCCAGUGGAAGUCUUACAUCAACAAAAAGUUUCUAAGAAACAUAGGAGUCACAAAAGAAGACUUCCAUGCCAUUACAUGGUUUACUAGCUGGGCCGUGGAUGCAGAUCAUGGUUCUACCCUCACUGAUGUCAUCGAUCGUGGUUUACACCUGCCCAACAUUGAUGAUGCUGGCCUGCGUGGAACAGAUGUUGAAUCGUUGGUGAAGAACAUGAAAGAUUUGGAUAGAGCAAUGCUAGGCUUGAUAUGCAAAGAGAUAAUCGACAUCGGAAGAUACAUGUGGCUGCAGGACCAUGGACAAGAUGCAAAGCUUGUGAAGUACGUCUCUUCAGACAUAUCACCAGAAAACCAUUUGUUAAUGGCAAAAUGCAGGAAUCCUGUAUAACCUUCUACCGGUUCCAAGCUGUAAUUUGGAAGGCUGAGUUAUUUGGCGCAUUAAAGCUCAAUUGUAAGGCAUGGAGAGGUAUUUACUUUUGCAAAUUUUGUCUACGAUGAUCUAAUAAAGCUUAGCUAGUUUAUUGAUCUGCAA